AUGUCAAAAAAUUCAGGUUUACCAUCAUUCGCUUCAACUGAAGCUGAUAAUUCACAAGGUUUUGUAUUAUCAGUAUCAGGUCCAGUCGUAAUUGCUAAUCAAUUAGCUGGUGCUGCUAUGUACGAGUUGGUUCGUGUAGGUCACAAUCAAUUAGUUGGUGAAAUUAUUAGAUUAGAAGAAGAUACUGCCACAAUUCAAGUUUACGAAGAAACUUCUGGUUUAACUGUUGGUGAUCCAGUAUUAAGAACUCAUAAACCAUUAACAGUUGAAUUAGGUCCAGGUAUUAUGAAUAAUAUUUUUGAUGGUAUUCAACGUCCAUUAAAUGCAAUUGCAGAGAUUACAAAAGGUAUUUAUAUUCCAAGAGGUAUUAAUACUCCAUCAUUAAAUAGAACUAUUAAAUGGCCAUAUCAACCAGAUACCAAAUUAAAAGUUGGUGACAAUGUUAGUGGUGGUGAUAUUUUUGGUCAAGUUGUUGAAAAUAAUUUAAUCAUCCAUAAGAUUAUGGUUCCACCAAAGGAAAUGGGUACCAUCGUAGAGAUUGCACCAGCUGGUGAAUACACUUUGGAUCAUGCACUUUUAACCAUUGAAUUCGAUGGUAAACGUAAACAAUUAACUAUGGUUCACAAUUGGCCAGUACGUAGUGCACGUCCAGUCAUUGAAAAACUUCCAUGUAAUUAUCCAUUAUUAACUGGUCAACGUGUACUUGAUUCACUUUUCCCAUGCGUACAAGGUGGUACAUGUGCUAUUCCAGGUGCUUUUGGUUGUGGUAAGACUGUAAUUUCUCAAUCUCUCUCUAAAUUCUCCAACUCUGAUGCAAUUGUUUACGUAGGUUGUGGUGAACGUGGUAAUGAAAUGGCUGAAGUACUUAUGGAAUUCCCAGAACUCCAUACUAAAGUCGGUGAUAAAGAAGAACCAAUUAUGCAACGUACUUGUUUAGUUGCCAACACUUCAAAUAUGCCAGUAGCUGCUCGUGAAGCUUCUAUCUACACUGGUAUUACAUUGGCAGAAUAUUUCCGUGAUAUGGGUUUAAAUGUUGCUAUGAUGGCUGAUUCUACCUCUCGUUGGGCUGAAGCUCUUCGUGAAAUUUCUGGUCGUUUAGCUGAAAUGCCAGCAGAUUCUGGUUAUCCAGCUUACUUGGGUGCUCGUCUUGCAUCUUUCUAUGAAAGAGCUGGUCGUGUAUCAUGUAUUGGUCAUCCAACUCGUAUUGGUUCAGUUACAAUUGUCGGUGCAGUCUCUCCCCCAGGUGGAGAUUUUGCUGAUCCAGUCACUGCUGCCACUUUAGGUAUCGUCCAAGUAUUCUGGGGUUUAGAUAAAAAAUUAGCACAACGUAAACAUUUCCCAUCCAUCAAUUGGUUAAUUUCUUUCUCCAAAUAUAUGCAAGCUCUUGAUACUCAUUAUGAUCAAAUGGAUCCAGAAUUCGUUCCACUCCGUACCAGAGCCAAGGAAAUUCUUCAAAUGGAAGAAGAUCUCUCUGAAAUCGUCCAAUUGGUCGGUCAAGAUUCUUUAGGUGAAUCUGAAAAGAUUACCAUUGAAGUCGCUCGUAUUAUUCGUGAUGAUUUCCUUCAACAAAAUGGUUUCUCUCCAUACGAUAAAUGUUGUCCAUUCUUCAAGACCGUUUGGAUGUUAAAGAAUAUGAUGACUUUCUACAAUUUAGCACAAAAAGCUGUUGAAUCAAGUACCGCUGAUAAUAAAGUUACUUGGAAUCAAAUUAAAAAUGAAUUAAAAGAAAUCAUUCACAGAAUUACUUCAAUGAAAUUCCAAGAUCCAACUGACGGUGAACAAACUUUAACUGCUCAUUUCUCAACUCUCAAUGAAGAUAUCAUUACUGCUUUCAGAAACUUUAGUGAUUUAGUUUAA